UGCAAAAGGCUGCAUGUUUUUAAGACAUGUCAGAGCACAUCAAAACCACAGCAGGUGAAGGUCCCAUCCAUCUCCACUGUGAUAUUUGUAUUUGAACCAACUAAGCCCUGCAAACAUUAAUUCAAUAAUUACCAUUGUUCAGCUGUUAUUUAACACCCAUUUUCCUGAGAGCUUUUACAUUGUCAGUUUGAGCAGCUGGACCAACCAAAGAACAGCCCGCCUCUUUACGCUGACACCACUCUUACUGGAACACAGUUCAGUCACUAACAUUGAAGUGGUGCAGUCGUACUGUUCACGCAAUGAUGAACUUUACCUUGAUAACAGCUUUACUCUGUACCUUCAGCUGGAUCUCUGUCUCAGUUUCUGAGUUUCACACUGUGGAGGUACAGCCUGGUGAAGAGGUCACUCUGCUGUGUACUAACUUUACCAGUUCUGUCGCUCACAUACUCUGGUUCAGACUGAGCAAUGAGCCCAACGCCAGCCAGAUCUCCUCCAUGUUCACCUCUGAUGGUAAUGCUUCUUACUCUGAUGGAUUUCAAAAUGGAAAAUUUAACAUGACAUCCAACAGCACUACUCUCUUUCUCAACAUCAAACCAGUGGAUUUAUCUGACUCUGGACUUUAUUUCUGUGGACUUCCCACAACUGGAAACUCAGUAAUUUCCAGUGCAACAUAUUUAAAGGUUCAAGAGAGAAAUCCUCAUGGAGAAACGAGCCUGAGUGUGAUCCUGGGCGCUGGAACUUUCCUCAUCACAGCUGUCACUGCUAUGGCCGUCACAAUCAGCAAACGUCACACAGCUGAUGAACAGGAACAGAAUCCACAGAGUGAGAACCUGGACUCUGAUGACCUGAAGGAUGCAGCACUGAGUUUGUGUUCACCAACAAUAAGAAACAGGAGGCCUGCAUCAGAGAGACAAGUGGAGACUCAUGUUAUUUACGCUGCCAGCAGAUAGACACGAGAAUCUGAUUAAACUACAGCUCAUGCUGGAGCUGGAGUUAACAUCACUGUGUCAGAAAACAUCAGGGUUUGUCAUAGAUUCUUUAUUAAUAACUGAUGUGAGAUCAGUUUGCAUCCUCCCUCUCUCUGUCUCAUCUGAAGUGUUUUAUUGAUGUUAUCUGAAGGAUGUAAAGGUGUCUGAUGGAGGAAGAGUGUUUGCUGCUCCACUGUCUGCAGCAGUGGAGGAGUGAGUGAGGUGCACAUCACAUGUUUGACAGGAAGAGGCAGCACAGUGUGGUCUGAGCACAGCUGAGGUGAAAAUCUGUUCACAGUAACCUGUUCACUCCACGUUUACAGAAUAAAGUGUGAAAAAAAGUUGUGAAUUCUGGCUGACUUUCUUCUGUCAGGAAGACAAAAUGAAUCAGCUUCUCUAUGUUUGU